CGCGCAUGUCAGCUCGGAGAUAAACAAGAACUCUAUGUCCUAAAACGAUUGAACAUUUUGUACAUUUCAUACAGGGCUCCUCCUGUCAGGUGAGACAAUGGGGAAGUCUCUUUCCCACCUGCCCAAGCCAGCAUCUCACGAUGACUACCAGGACAGCCUGACAUCAUCGGCUGAGUACAACAACAUGCAGGGUGAGGAUGGCAAGACAAGUGGUGAUGUUUCUCAGUUCCCCUAUGUGGAAUUCACUGGCAGAGACAGCGUGACCUGCCCAACAUGCCAGGGUACUGGAAGGAUCCCAAGAGGCCAAGAGAAUCAGCUGGUGGCGUUGAUUCCAUACAGUGACCAGAGGCUGCGACCAAGGAGAACAAAGCUGUAUGUGACAGCCUCGGUCAUUCUGUGCCUGCUGCUCUCAGGGUUGGCUGUCUUCUUCCUGUUCCCCCGUUCCAUUGACGUGAACUACGUUGGUGUAAAGUCUGUCAUUGUCACCUAUGACCAGGGCAAACACAUCGUUUAUCUGAACAUCACGAACACUCUCAACAUCACCAACAACAACUACUACUCUGUGGAUGUGGCUAACAUCACAGCACAGGUGCAGUUCUCAAAGACUGUGAUUGGCAAGAACCGCGUCAGCAAUAUUACCACCAUAGGUCCCCUGGACAUGAAGCAGAUUGACUACAUGGUUUCUACCACAAUAGCAGAUGAGAUGAGCUAUAUGUAUGACUACUGUACCCUGCAGACCAUCAAAGUGCACAACAUUGUGGUUAUGAUGCAGGUAACUGUAACCACAGUCUAUUUUGGACAUGCUGAGCAAGUUUCCCAGGAGAUGUACCAGUAUGUGGACUGUGGGGGUAAUACCACCUCCUUGCAUCUGAAAACCCCUUGGACUGGCUAAAGCAUGCCCACAGGGUCCCUUACAUCCCCUGCGCCCCCCCCCCCUCCAACCCACCUCUUCUCUGCAGCAUGGAUUAUCUAUGCUACAGAAACCCACGGUAUAGGGUCCAUUCCAUAUCCUUUGCCAAAUAAUUACAUGAGGGUUUGCAAAUCAUAAUGCACUUUAUUAUCAAAAUUACACUGCUGAGUUACUUAAACAAUGCAAGGCCAGCAGGUCCUUGUAUUGACGCCACUCCAAAACAAACCACUAACGACUGUACACAUUCGUUCUCAAUUUACAUCUAAUAUUCCAUGAUAAGCUGUCACGCUAGAUUGGAGACUCUUAAAUUUUUGUCCUAGUUUUUGUGAUCAAGGGCCGUUAUGUAUCCAGUGUACUCCUUUAGUCAUGUGAUUUCAUUCUUUCAAUGCCUUUCACUGUGUGAGUGAAUGUGUGGCUGAUACUAGAUCCCAUAUGAUCAGGCAUUUGAAUGAGAAUUCUGAAGAAUGAUUUGAGAUGUCACGUCAUGCCAAUGGAUUACGUCAUUCUCUUUGAAAGGACUUUUUUUUUUUUUUUAAUUAUUACUAUUGUGGUAGAUUUACCUCAUGUCAGUGCUUUUGUUACCUCACAUCCUACAGACCUGUCCUGGCACCUGUUGUAUAUUUGAAUGGUCCUGUUCUGGGUUAAUGCUGCAGACUAUGGCCUGUUUGGGGAGCUCUGUCACUUUUUGUUUGUUUGUUUGUUUGUUUUUUUCUCCCCCCUCUCUUUAUUCUAAAUAAUGUCAUCACCCAUUGGCAUCUUUUCUUGUGUUACGGCACAACUUGUAAAAUCAUACUUCAUUUCUUGGCAAGGUUUUCAGUCAAACAAAAUGUUCAUCUCAUUGUCAUUGUGUAUAAGCUAUCUUACCUUAUCAGCAAAGUUAACUGAAGAAAACACAAUUUGGCUGUGACACUGUGUUCUCUAAAGGAAACAUACGGGCGACAUUGUGCUUUCUUAAAGUGUUUCUGGGUGAAUUUGAUUGUGAGAGUGAAAGGUUCUGUUUAUUUACAUCUUUCAGUAUUACAGACAUCGCAUUCUCACAUCUGGUUUUUCUCCUCAUUUAAAACUGAAUACUGCACAACAUUGGAAAGGCACACACUUUCAAUGCAUUUUAUUACUUUUUAAUAAUAAAGAAUCAUGAGCAUAUGUGACCUAGAUUUGUUGCAAAAAGAAAAAGUGUUGAAUAACUUCAAGGAAUACUUUGAUGACAAAUAGCAGUUUAAUACUACAUUUUUAACAUUAAUAUGUUUCUACAGAGAUCAUAACAUUUUUAAACAUUUGUAAUCACAUUUCUAAACAAGAUAUUGGCUUGAAGACAACUUCACUCUUUGUGUAGUAGAAGUAGAUAUUUUUUUUAGACAUAACCUGAUUUGGAAAUAUAGCUGCAGCAACAUUUUUAUGUCGGGUACAAAGCACCUUAAGGUUCACAGAAAUAUGAGCUUGCUGCUUUCAAGAAUGUUAAACAAACAGUAACACUUAGUUGUGUUCAGAGAUAAAACUUUGACACAUAACAUGCAGAUGCAUCCACAGACAUCUGUGGAAGAAUUUGAGUGGAGUUGGGUUUCAAGUCAGACUGCAGUCUUGUGUCAUCUAUCUUUUUUUCCACUCAUUUAUUCAUACCUUUGAUUUUAACUUUACUGAUAUAGAUACAAAAUAAAUUAAUCAGUUUCACACUAGAGAAAAUUGUGUUUAAAAACUGGGUUUGAUAAAAAAAAAGUGUAAAUAUAUAAGUGUGUAUAAGUUACUGUGUUUAUGAUUAGUGUUGUGUUCCUGCUUUUUUGCCCCUUGAAUCACUUGUUUGUCUUUGGUGUUUUUAUUCCUGAAAUCUUAUCCACACAGUCGUGGUUCUGGAAACAUGUUUCGCGUUCCUCCCCGGCAUGAAUAAAUUUGUCAGCCAUGUGA